AUGAGCCUCUGUCUGCCUCUUCGGGGAGGCGUAUUCGCCACCAGCAUCAACGUCUACGAUCAAUCGAUGACAAGCCCUGACGCCGCAAGGAACAUAUUCUACGAGGACCUGCAUGCCCUUCUGGCGACUUUGUCGAAGGCGGAUGAGUUAAUUGUCCCUGAUGACUUUAACGCCCAGGUCAGCACAGACCAUGUUGCCAGGAGAUUAGUGCUAGGUCCCUAUGGUCUCAACGGUUCCAACGAUAAUGGCCUACUUCAUCUCCGCACCUGCGCAGGACACCGGCUCACACUGAGAAACGCCUUAUUCUGCCUGCCGAUGCGAAAAAAGGCCACCUGGGUGCAUCCUCGGUCGCGACACUGGCGCCUGCUAACUAUUUCCUCGUCCGGAGGCCAGACCAGCAGGAGGUGUUGGUGAAAAAGGCGAUUCCGGGUGCCGACGGGUGGGCCGAUCAUCGUUUCGUCAUCUCACAGAUGUGGGUUCGCCUACAGCCCCGCAGGAGACCCCAAGGUAAGCGACCCCAGCUAAGAUGGAUAUUGCCUGCUUACCAUCUCAACUUCAGCAUCGAGCUAGCUCAAUGGCUAGCCGACAUUCCAGUCGCUACCGCCGCCGACGAGAAUGCCUCCGUCGAAAACCGAUGUUGUCAACUACGGGACACAGUUCAGUCGACGGCGCUGGCCGACCUCGGUCGCUCACGCCGCCAACAGCUUGAAUGA